AAGAUUUUGGUAAAAACAGCUUUAAAUAAAAGGGUCUUCAGCUGUUUUUUAAUGGUUACCAGACUGUCAGUACUACAUAAGGUUAAAGGAAGUUCAUUCCAAAGCCAGGGUGCAACAACCUGGAAGGAGCGAUCUCCUUGACUUUUAAAUCUGGUCUUUGGAACUUCUUGGGUCGGAUCAGAAGAAACAAAAAAGGAUAUAAUCCUCGGGUGGAGAGCACUAAGGGCCUUGCCAAAAAGCAGCAUCAGCCUCGUCUUUGCCCUUUCCCUUGACUUUGCCCUUUUAGAACUUUGCUUUAUGACAUCAUCAUCUUCAUCAUCAUCAUCAUCAUCAUCAUCUCCAUCAUCACGUGAUCAUAAGAUCAUAAGCGGAUUCUACAGGCAUUCAGUUCUCAGUGACGCACCGUCAGAGACAGUCGUGUUUGCUCGUUGUUCGAUAGUGUUUCAACUUAUCGUCUACGUGUUAUUUAGCAUUAUGGGAGACUCUUUUGCACACAAGAGUUACUCUUCAGCUCUGGUUAAAGAUUCAGAGACUUAUAUUAGCAUGGAACAACCGCAUUUGUCAGAGAAUCGUGGUUUAGUUUCAGCAACCAAACGGAAAGCCGUUUCAGACCCUGGACCUCCCACAAGAAGGAUUAAGGUUUCUGAUGAAGGCAAACUCUCUGCAAACAACCAGAAGAUUACACAAAUUGACAAAUUCACAAAGAAAUCCAUUUCCUUUGAUGUUGAGGGAUCUGAAAAUCCAGACAAGGAAUGCAGAUAUUUGGUUCCUGAGAAAGGAUCGUCUUCUGCCAAAAGGAAAGCUGUUUUUCAUCACGAACCUCCCACAAAACGGUCUAGGGUUUCAGGUGAAGGCAGCGUCUCCAGACAUAACCUGGAUGAGACAUCCAGAGUCUCAAAGAGGUCACUCUCACCAGAUGGUGAGGGAUCUGGAAGUCCAGCAAAGAGAAUCAGACUGUCUGAUUCUGAGAGUCCCUCGCCUUCAGCCAAAGAUCAGUUCGAGGCAAAAUACGAGCAAAAAGAUCAGCUUGGAAAGGGAGGCUUUGGAUUUGUUUAUGGUGGCUACCGCAGGGCAGACAAUUUACCUGUGGCAAUCAAACAUAUACCAAAGAAAAAUGUAGUCUGGACAGAUACGGACGAGAACGGCCAGCAGCUCAGCAUUGAGGUAGCCGCCAUGCUAAAACUCCGGACAGAAUCAGCUGAUUCGGUGGGGAAGUCCGCUCCAAUUUCCCUCCUGGACUGGUACGAUUUCAACCAGGAACAGAUUCUAGUGUUGGAGAGACCAGUGCCUGCAGUGGACCUCUCACAGUUUAUUAAAAAUAACAAAGAGCCCCUACAGGAGAAUCAGGCUAAAACAAUUAUUAAACAGCUGGUUGAUGCCGUCAAACAUCUGGAGGACACCAACAUCUUCCACAGAGACAUCAAACCACGAAAUAUUCUGAUUGAAACAGGAUCAGAAAUCCCGCGACUGCGACUGAUUGACUUUGGAGUGAGUUGUUUCACCAACACAGAAUAUGAAAACGGCCGGUUCUACGGCACAGCGAAACACGUCCCUCCUGAGUUUAUUUCAGAACGCAUUUAUAAGGCAGGACCAGCAACCGUGUGGCAGGUGGGAGUUGUUCUCUAUGAAAUGCUCCACGAAAGUUUGUUUGACUCAAAAAAGUUUUUCAGUAACAAACUCAGAAUCAGGACGGACCUCUCUCCAUACUGUACGAACUUCCUAAAGAGCUGUUUCUGUAUAAACCCAUGGUGGCGUCCCACCUUAAAGCAGCUCCAGCGUGACCCUUGGCUUUGGUUAAACAGAAACUAAAGUCUUCAAAGCUCUGGACCCAAUUCAACCGGCACCAAGCUAGAUCCCUCCUAACUCAGACACCUCUCAACCCCUAACAGAGUCACCUAUCAUCUCCUACAUUUCCCUCAACCCACUGCAGGACUGAGCCCAAAAAAAGGCCCUGGCAGUGCACCAUAACUGUUUAUAUGAUAGGAUAUGCAAAGGCACACAACACACCAGAGAAUCAGCAUGUUGUGUUAGUAACCAGAAAGAGGAAAAUAAACAGCUGGAUCAAGAAAAGUCUGUCAAACCCGACCCAGAGAAGAAAGUUGAGGUGAUUCCUGCACCUCUCCCUCUGGAAAACCAGCGGAAACGUCAGACAACGAAGGGAACAUCCUUCAAAAGGAAACAGGAGAGAGAAAGUUAGUCAGCGAGAAAAUGUUAGAAAAAAUAUAAAUUCUCAAGCAGCAGGUGGAAAAAGCCAGAAACCAAAAUCCAAAUGGAAAAUGUUAGAAUGGUUUAGUUCGAAUAUGCAGAUUUCAGCCUGAGACAGGCUGUUAUUUGCUGCUUUACUGUGGCUUUAUCUGCUAUUACAUAUUAUUACUUAUAAUAAAUUAUAAUUUUAUCCAAUUGAUUAAAAAAAAAAAAAAAAAAAAA